AUGUCUGGCCUCGGUAACCUCCUCCUGUCCCUGGCAGCCGGCGCCGGCGCCGCCUCCGCUCUCAGCAUCAAAUCCGUCUCCCACAGCGGCCUGGCCUGUCCCCAAGACGCUAGAGUGACCUGGUCCGGCGACCUCGACGACCUUACCAUCACUCUGCCGGACUUCGGCGAGACCCUCACCACGGGCCAGAUGACGAGCUGUCAGGUCCACGUGCUCGUGGACGGCGGCGAGGCCGGGCGAGCGCUGGUCCUGCAGGACGUCGUCGUCCGCGGCGGGCUGUACCUCAGCACCAACGCCAAAGUGGACUUUUACACGACAGCAUAUUGGUCAGAGUCGGCUUCUGAUGUGAUCACCAAGUCCACAAGCACUGCGUCCGGCCCAGGUGCCGUCGCGCGGAACGUGGCAGUUUCUCAGCGGGUGAGCACGCCGUCGACUUGCGUCGGGGCCGAUGGGUACGUGGGGAUUCUUAACGUCACGUUCCGCAUCAUCUCCAAGGCCGGCAGCCGGAUCAUCUUCGGUAGAGAGCACAGGGAAGGCGGGACGUUCCCGGUCACGGAAGAGUUCACGUUUAAGUGGCAGGGCUGUUAGGUAUAAGACGCGGGAAGGGCAAGCUGGGAGGAGGUUAGGUUACGGUUGUUGCGGGAAAGGAUACCAAGAUUGAAGUCUGACUACGAAAAAGCGAAUAUCGUUAUUGAGUUCGUUCAUGCCUCGCGGCUGACCGAACAAUCACCAUGAUCAACCGUGGCGUCUACCACGUCACUGCUGCAAGAAGUGAUUGAUUGAUUCACUGGUCUCGCUGUCGAAUCGUAUGAAAGCUUGAUUGAUUACAGUCAUUGAACCUUUUUCGAAGUGAUCACCAUAUAGAAGACACAAAAAAGAACCACCAGACCGCAAUCUAGCCAUAUCACUCAUAAGGUCGAUCCUGGAACCAGCCAGCUUAUUUUCCGGUCAAUACACGCCAACUAUCGUGUCCAAAGCAAUGUCGUCCAGCAACAGCGACACCUCUUCCUCCAAUUCGGCAGAACGGUCAAACGCCAACCCACCAUCAACUCCAAAUCCAACCAGCUCAGGUACUAGGCAGAACCAGCCAAGCACUACAUCCACAUCAUCUAGGAACAACGGCCCCCCCUCCCCUAACACAGACCCCCCUACCCCCCCGGCGUCUCCUUGAACCAGCGGAGGACAGUGAUAGCCAUGCCGACGGGGGCAGCAACAUCCAGCUACAUGGUCACAAAAGUCACGAGGCCAAUGGCUUAAGUAGAUAGCGGUGCGUUAACAAGCCGCGACCAUCUUAGGAAAUCAUAAUCAAAACAGUACCGGAUCCAUU